AUGAUGAUUUUUGCAAAAGAAGUUAUAGUUCCAACGAAUUCUAAUGCAACUAUGAAUUCCUCAGAGAGACAUCGUAGGCUAAAAGAAAUCUUUCUUGGAGCAAUAUGUGCGUUAGAUGGAACUCUUGUACAUGCAGUCGUGUUUGCUGAUCAACAAACUCGCUACAUGGGAAGAGGAAAAGGUGAAUGCUUUCAAAAUGUUUUAGGAAUUUGUGAUUUUAAUAUGAUAUUCACAUUCGUAUGGGUCGGUUGGGAGGGUAUAACACAUGAUUCGCGAGUUUUGAAAGAAGUUUCAUGUAACCCGACUUCAAGCUUUCCGUUUCCUCCUCCAGAUAAAUAUUACCUUUGCGAUGUUGCAUACACCAACACUCGUGGAUUUAUGACUCCUUACUGCAACACGAGGUAUUGGUUAGCCGAUUAUCGACGGCGACGUGCGUUAACUAAGGAAGAAAAAUUCAAUCAUGCACAUGCGUAA